AUGCUCGAACCGUGCACCGAUGAUCUAAUGGUUCAGUUUCCGACACGAAUGGCUGACUGGCUUUUCCAGGUAAUGCGUGAGCUGAAAAAGAGACGUGAGCUGCACAACUUGGAAUGGGAGGAACUGAUUGCGGAAGCGGAGAAUGACGAUGAGAAGAAGCACGUCUAUCCAGUAAUUUGGAAAUUCUGUGACCUGGAUAUUAAGCCGCACGACAAGCAUGUGUCACAUCAUGAGCUGAUCCCAAUCACAGCUCCAGUUAUUCCAAUGGAAUCGUGCAUUAAGCCGUUCCUGGAGAAUUGCGAUGUUAACAACGACGGCAAUAUCUCGAUCAAGGAAUGGGGAAAGUGCCUUGGUCUCAAAGACGGUUAG